ACCUCGAAGGGGGGUGAGCCACGUUACUUCUCGCGCCGCCGUGAGGGCCCAAGCUGGUUAGAUAGGCCGCGGCUGAGCCGGGAUGGCGGUGGCGGUGCGGGCCUUGCAGGAGCAGCUCGAGAAGGCCAAGGAGAGCCUCAAGCACGUUGACGAGAACAUCCGGAAGCUCACGGGGCGGGACCCCAACGAUGUGCGGCCUGCUCAAGGUAGAUUGCUGACCAUCACAGGCCCAGGUGGAGGUAGGGGGCGUGGAAGUAUCUUGCUGAGGCGUGGAUUCUCGGAUAGUGGAGGAGGACCCCCGAAACAGAGGGAUCUAGAAGGGGCGACCAAUAGUGGGUUGAGAAUUAGCUGGGGAACGUCGGACAGGAGAGAAUCACGCCAUGAAAGCGACGCAGAGGAUGAUGAUGUUAAAAAACCAGCGUUGCAGUCUUCUGUUUGCUACCUCCAAAGAGCGAACACGUCGAGACCUUAUUCAGAUCAAAACAUGGAUAAAAGGGAAACAAAGUCUAUUAGUAAAUUGGAUCUCUGGUCAUUUCCUGUGUGUUCUCAUUCUUCAGCACUGUUUGAAAAUAGGCGCAUUGAAUUUGCUGAGCAAAUUAACAAAAUGGAAGCCAGACCCAGACGGCAAUCUAUGAAAGAAAAAGAACACCAGGAGGUGAAGAAAGAAGAAAAGAAGGAAGAGCAGAAGAAGGAGCAGGAAGUGGGUAAGGUGGUUCAGCAGGUGGAAGAAAUGGAGACAGGUAAUCAGAGCAAUGAUGUAGAAAUGGAAGAAACAGGAGAGGAAAAGGAGGUAGGUGCUAGUCAUAGUGAUGGGGAGAUAGAACAGGAAGAGGAGGAACCAAAAGAGGAAGUGGAGGUUAAAGCAGAAGAGGGAGUAGAGGUUAAAGAGAAUGAUAGGCAGCAAGAUAAUCAGGAGGAGGAUAUUGUGUUAGUAAAAGAAGACAGUGAAAACGUUCUGCCAAUAGAUGGAGAGCAGGAUGUUAUGGAAACUAAUGAGGCAGAUCAUGCAGAGCCAGUAGAAAAUGAGAAUAGCAAAGAAGUAAUAGAAAUGGAAUGUAAUCCUCAACCAGAACAGGAGGGGCCUGUUGCUGCCCUGGAGAAAGAGGAAGCCAGCAAGCCAGAAGUUGAAGCAGAGGAGGAAGAAGAGAAGGAGCCUGAAUCCACCCUGGUAUUGGAGGCUGAUGCUCAGCCUCUCUCAGAGUCUGUGCUUCAACCACCACCUCCACCACUAUUGCAAUCUACUCAAGAUCAAGAGCCUCAGGUAGACAAAGAAGGAUCUGUAGUGCCUGAAAAGCUGCCGGAAAUUCAGGCAGACCAAGUCCAGGCAGUAACAGUUGAAAACAAGAACAAGGUUAGGAGCAGAAGCAGAGGUAGAGCAAGGAACAAAACCAGCAAGAGUCGAAGUCGGAGUACUAGCAGCAGUACUAGCAGUACUAGCUCUACAAGCAGUAGUAGUGGCAGCAGUUCAAGCAGUGGCAGCAGUAGUAGCCGGAGUAGUUCCAGCAGCAGCAGCAGCACUAGUGGAACUAGUAGUCGAGAAAGUAGCAGUAGUUCUAGUAGCAGUGAGAGCAGAAGUCGAAGCAGGGGGCGUGGGCACAAUAGGGAUAGAAAGCGCAGGAGGAGUUUGGAUCGCAAGCGAAGAGAUAAUUCAGGAGUAGACAGGAGUCACAAGUCAUCAAAAGGUAGCAGCAGAGAUGCAAAAGGAUCCAAGGAUAAAAGUUCAAGGUCGGACAGAAAGAGGUCUAUAUCAGAAAGUAGUCGGUCAGGCAAAAGAACUUCCAGGAGCGAAAGAGACCGUAAAUCAGACAGGAAAGACAAAAGGCGUUGACAGAAGAGACCAGGCUCCCUAGCCUAAUCUUUGCAGCAGAAGAUUACUUAAGAGAAAGGAUUCCAUAUAAGGAAGAAAAGGCUGCCUUAAUUGCAUGCUGUAUAAAUUUUUUUGGAGAAAUGUAGACUCUUUACCAGGCAACUAUUGUGCUUUUUACAUGAUUUUGUAAAAGGUUACCUAUCAGAUUAUGUGAAGAUGCAGAUGUGUACAAAUAAAAGGAUUGACAACUCCUUCAUCUUUUUAAAUAUCCUCUACUUAAGAGUUUCUGUAUAUUUUAAUAUACAUCAUUACAUUUAUGUGAUUCAAGUCUGUAUCAUAAGUCUUUUUUUGUAGAAAUAAAUGUUCAUUUUACAGAGAUUGAGACGCUCCUGUUGCCAUGUUAUCUUCCAUAGAAAUGUCCUUACUUUUAUUGACAUAUUUCAUGCAGAAUUGUUAAUCUGCCUUUAACUCUUCCCUUCCAGUUGCUAAAAAAGAAAGUAAAUUCUCACAUCCCCUGAAGGAGCACAUAUCUGUGCAUAACUAAUGUUUUCUUUUCUUUGCUCUCACUUUACUUUGUUUCUGGCUUUUACUAAUGUUCCUUGGUGAACUAACAUCCCACGUGUGGGAGCAAAACAGGUAUAUUGGCCAUUUCUAAUUAUUUGGGCAUCAAAAAUCUGUUUUGAAAGCCCUGUAGUUAUUUGUACAAACAUUGCCUUUCUCCUUUAUGCUAGGGUGAUGUUUAGAAAGUUAUUUUCAUCUUGCAUUCCCAUUAAUUUUUGUGCUUUGCUAUACUGUAUAGUGGAAGGAGGCAUAAACUGCAUUAUUGGUGGCCACAGACUAAAUCUUCAAAUGCCAUUAACAGUGGAUUACACAAUUAAAUUAAUCUUGGACUAACAUGUAUGUUGUGUUUAAGAAUAUCUGUUCAAUGGGGAUACUGAACUCAGAGUUGGAAUUCUGUAACAGCUAAAGCAAAUAGAUGGCAAUGUAGCUAGUAUUAAAAGGUGACUUGCUGUUUUUAAACUUUCUAUAAAAAUGUAUACAUUGGUCUGUUCUGUGAAAGUCCAAAUAAAGGUAGCUUUAUAUACUA